AAAAAAGACAGGAAGAAAAGUGCAAAAAAGAGGUAUUUUCGAUAACACGAAAAGUUUGUCGUAACACCAGGUUUUUCACCAUCGCAGCGCAGAGUGCCCAAAAAGGGGAAACGGAGUAAUGGCCUCGCUGUUGAAACUUUCCACGGCUGUGCGGCGCCAAACGUUGCUGGCCGGAAGCCGUGCCGGAUCGACGUAUGCGGCCGCAUUCCGUACCGCCCUGUCGAACGAACCAGCAACCGAGGUAACCACACUGGACAGUGGUCUGCGCGUAGCGAGUGAAUCCAUUCCGACGCAGGUGGCCACGGUUGGCCUGUUCAUCGAUGCCGGAGCCCGCUACGAAGACAAAAACAACAACGGUACGGCAAACUUUUUCGAACAUCUAGCGUUUAAGGGAACGACCAAGCGAUCACAAUCGGCGCUGGAACAAGAGGUGGAAAGCAUGGGUGCGGAGCUGGAUGUGAAUACGGGCCGCGAUCAGACCACGUUCACGGCUCGCUGCCUCUCGAAGGAUGUACCAAAGCUGGUCGAAAUUCUGGCCGAUGUCGUACAGAACCCUCGGCUGGAUGAUGCUGAUGUGAAGCGGGCUCGCGAAGUUAUCCUGGGCGAGAUCGAACAGGUGGAUGCUAGCAAUCUGCGUGAGGUGGUGUUCGACCAUCUGCACUCCACCGCCUUCCAGGGCACGUCGCUCGGUAACACCGUGUUUGGCCCGAGCAGCAACAUCCGUUCGAUCAAGGGCGACGAUGUGAGAGGUUACGUCAAUUCGCACUACAAAGCUCCGCGGAUGGUGCUGGCAGCGGCCGGUGACGUCCGUCAGUCGGAGCUGGAGAAGCUGGCUGAGAAGUACCUCGGCAAGGUCGAAUCGACGUUCGAUGGAAAACCACCGCAAUUGUCUGCGGUUCGAUUCACCGGUUCGGAGGUGCGUGUCCGUGACGAUUCCUUGCCCUUGGCCCAUGUCGCUGUGGCCGUGGAAGGAUGUGGAGUGUCCAGCUCGGACGCUGUCACUCUGUCCGUGGCAAGUGCGCUGAUCGGUUCGUGGGAUCGCUCGUUCGGAGGCGGUGUGAACAAUGCCUCGAAGCUGGCCGUCGCCUCGGCGCACGAUAAGCUGUGCCACAACUACGAGUCCUUCAAUCUGAACUACCGCGAUACAGGACUGUGGGGCAUCUACUUCGAGUGCGACCCGUUGCUGUGUGAGGACAUGCUGUUCAACGUGCAGAACGAAUGGAUGCGUCUGUGCACGAUGGUCACCGAUGGUGAGGUGGAGCGUGCCAAGCGCCAGCUGAAGACCCGCCUGUUGGCCCAGCUUGAAGGACCUCAAUCCAUCUGCGAGGACAUCGGUCGCCAGGUGCUGCAACACGGACGCCGUGAACCGCUGCACGAUGUGGAGCGUCGCAUCGAGAACGUGACGGCAUCGAAUGUGCGUGACGUUGCCAUGCGCUACAUCUUCGAUCGUUGCCCAGCCGUUGCCGCCGUGGGCCCGGUAGAGAACCUGCCUGACUACAUGCGUAUCCGCUCGUCCAUGUACUGGACACGGUUGUAA